GGGUGGGGAAGCCCCCGGGCGCUGCCGCCUCUUCCUUGCGACAAGUCAGGUCGGGCGGGAUAGGGCGGGGUAGGGGGGCACUUGGGUGUGCAUUCAGACUCCCAGCACUUUGCUCUCACACAGCUGGGAUUCCCGAGGCAACUCUUUCCUCUUCUGUUGGGGGAAGCCAGGACCGCGCUGCCCCCCGCUGGAAUAUGGAGCUACUGUCGCCGCCGCUUCGCGACGUAGACUUGACGGGCCCCGACGGCUCUCUCUGCUCCUUUGCCACAGCGGACGAUUUCUAUGACGACCCGUGUUUCGACUCCCCGGACCUGCGCUUCUUCGAGGACCUGGACCCGCGCCUGGUGCACGUAAGCGCGCUUCUGAAGCCAGAGGAACACUCUCAUUUCCCAGCUACCGUGCUCCCAGCCCCCGGUGCGCGCGAGGACGAGCAUGUGCGCGCGCCCAGCGGGCACCACCAGGCAGGCCGUUGCCUACUAUGGGCCUGCAAGGCGUGCAAGCGCAAGACCACCAACGCCGACCGCCGCAAGGCUGCCACCAUGCGCGAGCGGCGCCGCCUGAGCAAAGUUAAUGAGGCCUUUGAGACCCUCAAGCGCUGCACGUCGAGCAAUCCUAACCAGCGGUUGCCCAAGGUAGAGAUUCUGCGCAACGCUAUCCGCUAUAUCGAGGGCCUGCAGGCUCUUUUGCGCGAACAGGACGCCGCGCCCCCUGGUGCCGCAACCGCCUUCUAUGCGCCCGGCCCGCUGCCCCCGGGCCGCGGUGGCGAGCACUACAGCGGCGACUCAGACGCGUCCAGCCCGCGCUCCAACUGUUCCGACGGCAUGAUGGACUACAGCGGUCCCCCGAGCGGCACCCGGCGGCGGAACUGCUAUGAAGGCGCCUACUACAGCGAGGCGCCCAGCGAACCCAGGCCCGGGAAGAAUGCGGCAGUGUCGAGCCUAGACUGCCUGUCCAGCAUCGUGGAGCGCAUCUCCACCGAGAGCCCCGCAGCGCCCGCGCUGCUGCUGGCCGACGCGCCGCCGGGGUCGCCUCCACGCCCGCAAGAGGCUACCGCCCACAGCGAGGGCGAGCUCGGCGCCCCCACCCAGUCCCCGGACGCCGCCCCGCAGUGCCCUGCAGGCGCAAACCCCAACCCCAUCUACCAGGUGCUCUGAGGGGGCGGGCGGCCCAGUCGCAGGGUGCAGCUGCCCACUCGCCCGAGGGUUGGUGCCCCUAGGGUCCCUCGCGCCCAGAAGAUUGAGCUUAAAUGCCCCCCUCCGACAGCGCUUUAAAAGCGACCCCUCCCGAGGCGGGAGAAGCGGGAGAACUGAAGUGUGUUUUCGCCCCUGCCCGGCACUCUCUUCGGGAAAGGGCGAAGUCAGUUUAUUCCACGCGGCAUCCUUCCCGGAGACCAGCAGCGAUGGCCGACAGGUUUCCUCCUUGGGCCAGAGCUGAUCUUUGAGGGGCUAGGUCCUUCUUCCUUGCCUUCUUCCCCUUGGGGGAAGGGGGAGGUGAGAACCUCGCAGACCUAAGUCCUACCCCUCUACGCACUAAUUUGGGGUGAGGAGGUGCACCCUCUUUUGGGGGGAGCCCUCACGACAUCCACUCAGGUGCACGCCAGUCCCGAGUGCAGCAGGUGUAACCGUAACCCACCCCCACUCCGCCCCCCGGUUCAGGACCACUUUUUGUAAUACUUUUGUAAUCUAUUCCUGUAAAUAAGUGUUGCUUUGCCAGAGCAGGCGCCCCUAGGGCUGUAUUUAUCUCUGAGGCGUGGUGUGUGGUGCAACAGGGACUUUGUACGUUUAUAUGUCAGGCGGGCGAGCCGCGGGCGCUCGCUCAGGUGUUCCAAAUAAAGACGCUAAUUUAUA